AUGAGCAAAGAACAAGAUCCAAAAGAAUGGGACACGGUCGACACGGGCCCCGAGGUAUUCGAGACAUCAGAUGUGGAGUCUGUAGAGGUUUUAGAUCCUCCUGAAGAGCAGUCGACCGAUGUGGACAAAAGUGUGUUGCAUCCAUCAUCAGCUAAAGAGCAUUUCGAGCAUAGUGUCAUUACAGACAAGAACGAAGUGGUGGAUUUUCUGGGGAGUCUAAUUAGUAUCCAUGGCAACUCUGGUUACAAUGUACGGAGGGUCUACGAAAUGCCGGCGCAGAAAUUGGCCCGAAUUCAAGCCGAGUUGGAGGAGUUGAAGACACAGAAGAUCCAUGAAAACGAGGUGGACAAAUUAACAGAAGAUCUUGAAAAACUUCUAGGAACAGAGGAUUUGGAUGUCGGGAUCCAUGAACAGAAACUUCGAACUGUUUUCGAGCAAAUUAGUCAAAGACUAACUGGACUUGAUGAAUCUUCCAUUCCACCGUCUGGUGACCGGAAAAGAUCAGAAGCUGAGGUUCUUGAAUUGGAAAAAAGGCUUCACGAACUUGAAGAAAUCGUCGGUGUUGAGGACUUUGAAUCAUCAAAAAGUGUCAGAAAUCAUGUUGACGAUUUGGGACGCAAGUUAGAGGUUCUCUACGACCCCGAGUACGAUAUGGGUCACCUAAAAGGAGAAAUUAAGCGUGUCGCCAAGGAAAUGGACGAAUUGAAUGCCAAAAGGCGCAUGGCACAGAUUGCCCACGGUGACUUAGCGGUGAAGCCAUCGACGCCGUUUGACACCAAGGUCGACUCGAUUUACGAGAUUCUUCCUGAGAUGGAGAAAGCCAUGGCGGUUGUUCCUAAUUUGGUCUCCCGUCUUAAGUCUUUACAUCAUGUUCACGCUGAGAUUGGUCAUUCUGUUAGUGCCAUUUCGGAUAUCGACAAAACAAUACAGAGUUUACACUUGGAGAUGAAGACCUGGAAUGAAAAUCUCGACCAAGUGAACUUGGCCAUCGACACACACACAAAGAAGUUUGAAGCGAAUCGAGAAGGUGUUGAAGCUCGUAUCGAAGGGUUCGAGAAGAGAUUGGCGGAGAUAAAUAGGAUUGAAUGA